CAACGGAUUGGGGGGUCACAUCAGAGCGUCACAGCCGUGCGCAUCUUGCGAUUGCCAUAUCACGUUCAUUACGACCUGCAUUCGUUCGAGAGCCUUCAUGUAUGGGUUGGGGACGAACUUCCUCGAGAGCAUGAACGGCACCAUCGCGGCAAAGGCGACGAAGAGGUCUGACUUCAACCGCACCCACUGGUCCCGUGCACAGAUCGCGAUGAUGAAUCGAACCCACGACGAUGGCCCGGUGGGCGUCGCUAACCUGGUCCGCAGUCACAUGGGUCUACCGCCACUCACGAACAGGGCGGCGGAAAAGAUGGAGGCACGUGACAGGAGGGGGAAGAAGGUCGUUGUCGGUCAACUGCACCGGACAGAGGAACAGAGGACCAAGGCCAGCACGGACCGGUACAAAAACAAAGACAGGGUAACAACUCAGACAGCAGCCAACAAGGCCAACCACGACAAAAGGGCGAAGGAGAACAAGAUCCUGCCUUACGGAUACGGCACUCAUGGGGUGGCAGCGCUCAGAAAGAAGCUUGCUGCCGAGGGCGAGGAUGUCGAAGGUACAGCAGAUGGUGAGUCGGGUCGCACGUCCGGAAAGCAGAAGGGGAAGAGGAAGAGGAAGGAGGCAGGUGGCACGGCGAUCCCCGAGUACAAUGCUGGCGGGAGCAACACGGACAACAACGACAAGCUGGCAGCGGAUGUCCGGAUGGGAGGAACGAAGACCGGCGGCGUGUGUUCAUCCUGCCUGGAGGCAGGCGUUGGCCGCCAAUUUUUGGUGGACGCACAACACGCGAGGAAGGGUGCGAAAAUUUGCAGCAGGACCCGCGAACAGUGGGGUGCUCGCGCAGCGAGCACCAAGGAUAAGUCGUAA